AUGGCGAUCGACAUUUCCUAUCUAAGCGCAUUCGGCGCGGGCAUGAUCUCGUUCGUCACGCCCUGCGUGCUGCCGCUCGUUCCGCCCUAUCUGUGCUACAUGGCCGGCGUGUCGAUGGACCAGUUCCGCGACGCGGACGGCGACCCCGGCAUCACGCCCGACGCGUCGGGCGCGGCGACAGCGCGCCUGACCGCGGUGCGUCUGCCGCUCAUGACCGCGGCUCUUGCUUUCGUGCUUGGUUUCUCAACCGUCUUCAUCGCGCUGGGGGCUGGCGCUUCGACCAUUGGCGGGUUCCUGCGCGUCUGGCAGACCGAGUUGGCCAUGAUCGCCGGCGUCGUGAUCAUCAUCAUGGGGCUGAAUUUUCUCGGCCUGUUCCGCAUUGGCCUCCUGUCGCGCGAGGCGCGGUUCCAAAGCCGGGGGGUGCCCGCCAACCCGGCCGCCGCCUAUGUGAUGGGGCUUGCCUUCGCCUUUGGCUGGACGCCCUGCAUCGGACCGGUCCUGGGCCCGAUCCUGACGCUUGCCGGCGCCCAGGACAGUGUCGGGCAGGGCGCGAGCCUUCUGGCGGUCUAUUCGGCGGGCCUCGGAAUUCCGUUCCUGAUUGCGGCGAUGUUCUCGGGCCAGUUCAUGCGCUUUCUGACUCGCUUUCGCGCGCAUCUGGGGACGGUCGAAAAGCUGAUCGGCGCACUUCUGGUUCUCGCCGGCAUCCUUUUCCUGACCGGCGGCAUGCAGGCGAUGGCCUUCUGGCUGCUCGAACAGUUCCCGGCCUUGGGGCGGCGCCAGAAGGAAGGCGAGCGCGAAGGCCAUGGUCGCGGCGGCGGCAAGGGCCAGCGGGAUGAAACGGGGGCCUUGCUUGCGCGGCGCCGGCAAAUCGGGCACACGGGCGCCAUGACCGGCCGUGCCAUCUCGCCCUAUCGCCCCCGCGCCUUCGACCAUUGCGUUCUGCCCGUCGGGGAACUGAGCGUGGCCCGCGCACGGCUGACCGCCCUGGGCUUUCAGGUGGCCGCCGAUGCCAAGCAUCCGUUCGGCACGGAGAAUGCCUGCGUCUAUUUCGACGACGGCACGUUUCUGGAACCGCUGGCAAUCGACCAGCGCGAGAAAUGCGAGCGCACGGCGCAGCGCGGCAACGUCUUCACCGCGCGCGAUCAGGCCUACCGGUUCCGCAACGGCGACAACGGGUUUUCCGCGAUUGCGCUUGGCACCGACAAUGCCGAUGCCGACCACAAGGGCUUCCGCCGCCAGGGCAUUUCCGCCGGCCGCAAGCUGCUGUUCGGCCGGACGAUGACCGAUGGGUCCGGCGCCAAGGCGCGCGCCACCUUCAAGCUCGCCUUUGCGGCCGAUCUUCGCUCGCCCGACAGUUUCCUGUUCACAUGCCAGCGGGUGAACACGCCGGCGGUCGACCGGGCGGCGCUGCAAACCCAUCCGAACACGGUGACCGGCACGGCGGAGAUCAUCGCCUCGGAGGCGAACCCGGCCGAUUUCCAGUAUCUGUUGCAGGACGUCAUCAACAACCGCGCCACGCAGGCCCAUUCCUUUGGCAUUGAGAUCGCCGGGGCCGAUUUCACGCUCAACGUGAUGACGCCGGAAGGUUUGCGCAUCCAUUUCGGCGUGGAGCGCCAUGUGCCAACGCGCGGCCUGCGCUUCGAAGGCAUCGUUUUCACCGUCGCCGACCCGGAAGCUCUUCGGGCAUUGCUCGCCGAAAACGGCAUCAAGACGCACGAGCACGGCUCUUGGCUGGUGGCCGACCGUGCGCCGGGUCAGGGCGCCUUUUUCGCCUUCGACAUGCGGGGAGUACGCUUCGGCAACCAUCUGCCGCUCGCCAUCAUUGCCGGCCCCUGCCAGAUGGAAAGCCGCGACCAUGCGGUGAUGAUGGCCGAGGCGCUCAAGACAGUUGCCGACGAUCUGGGCGUCGGUCUCGUCUUCAAGACGAGCUACGACAAGGCCAACCGCACCUCGCUGUCGGGCCGGCGCGGCAUGGGGUUGGAGGCGGCGCUGCCGGUCUUUGCCGAAAUCCGCGAACGGUUGGGCGUUCCGGUUCUGACGGACGUGCAUUCGCCCGAACAGUGCGCAGCGGUCGCCGAUGUCGUGGACAUAUUGCAGAUCCCGGCUUUCCUGUGCCGGCAGACCGACCUUCUGGUUGCCGCAGCGCAGACGGGCAGGAUCGUCAACAUCAAGAAGGGCCAGUUCCUGGCGCCCUGGGACAUGGUCAAUGUCGCCGCCAAGGUGACCGGCAGCGGCAAUCCGAAUGUGCUUCUGACCGAGCGCGGGGCGAGCUUUGGCUACAACACGCUGGUCUCCGACAUGCGGGCGCUGCCGAUCAUGGCCGCAACCGGCGCGCCGGUGAUCUUCGAUGCGACCCAUUCGGUCCAGCAGCCGGGCGGGCAGGGCGCCUCGUCGGGCGGCGACCGGACCAUGGUUCCGCCUUUGGCGCGCGCCGCCGUUGCGGUCGGCGUUGCCGGCGUCUUCAUCGAAACCCAUGACGAUCCGGACAAUGCGCCGUCGGACGGGCCGAACAUGAUGCCGCUUGGCGAGAUGGAAGCCCUGUUGCGGCAAUUGAUGGCGAUCGACGCGCUCGCAGCGGCGACAGUGCCAAACGCGAUCCUGAGGGGAAUGCCAGCCAUGGGUGCCAUCAUCGACAUUAUCGGACGACAGAUCAUCGACAGCCGCGGCAAUCCGACCGUGGAAGUCGAUGUGCUGCUCGACGACGGCGCGUUCGGCCGCGCCGCGGUUCCGUCCGGCGCAUCGACCGGCGUGCAUGAAGCGGUCGAACUUCGCGACGGCGGCGGCGCAUGGCUCGGCAAGGGCGUCGGCAACGCGGUCGACAAUGUCAACGGGUCGAUCUUCGACGCCAUUGGCGGCAUGGACGCCACGGACCAGGCCAAGAUCGACGCGGUGAUGAUCGAUCUCGACGGCACCGACAACAAGGGAAAGCUGGGCGCCAAUGCGAUCCUGGGCGUGUCGCUGGCGGUCGCCAAAGCCGCCGCGCAAUCGGCCGGCCUGCCGCUCUACCGCUACGUCGGCGGCACCAACGCCCACAUCCUGCCGGUGCCGAUGAUGAACAUCAUCAAUGGCGGCGCGCACGCCGACAAUCCGAUCGAUUUCCAGGAAUUCAUGAUCAUGCCGACCGGCGCGGCCUCGCUCGCCGACGCGGUGCGGAUGGGCGCGGAAACCUUCCACACGCUGAAAAAGAAGCUGACCGCGGCCGGCCACAACACCGGCAUUGGCGACGAGGGCGGCUUUGCGCCGAACCUCAAAAGCGCCGAGGCCGCGCUCGACUUCAUCAUGGAAGCGGUGACCGAGGCCGGCUAUGCGCCGGGCGAGGAUAUGCAUAUCGCGCUCGAUUGCGCAGCGUCGGAAUUCUUCAAGGACGGCGCCUAUGUCUAUGAGGGCGAGGGUGUGACGCGCAGCGGCCAGGAGCAGGCCGAGUAUCUGAAGAGCCUGGUCGACGCCUAUCCGAUCAUCUCGAUCGAGGACGGCAUGCAUGAGGACGAUUGGGAAAGCUGGAAGAUCCAGACCGAGCUGAUCGGCGGCACAUGCCAGCUUGUGGGCGACGAUCUGUUCGUCACCAACACGUCGCGACUGUCACGCGGCAUCGACGAGGGCAUCGCCAAUUCGAUCCUGAUCAAGGUCAACCAGAUCGGCACGCUCACCGAAACGCUGCGCGCGGUCGAAAUGGCGCACAAGGCCGGCUACACGGCGGUGAUGUCGCACCGGUCGGGCGAGACCGAGGAUGCGACCAUCGCCGAUCUGGCGGUCGCCACCAAUUGCGGGCAGAUCAAGACCGGCUCGCUCGCCCGUUCCGACCGGCUGGCCAAAUACAACCAGCUGAUCCGCAUCGAGGAAGAGCUGGGCGAUCUGGGCCGUUACGAGCCGCUUAACCAAACUGCCGUACCACUGGACACCGCGCAGCUUUGGUUCCGGGUCAUGUGGACGCGCCAAUACAGAAAAUCUCCGCUUCGGCAUCUCGUCAUCCCGUCCAUCGCGGCCCUGUCGCUGGGCUAUUUCGGCUUCCAUGGGAUCACCGGCAAUCUGGGGCUGACCUCGAAGGCCGAAUAUGAGCAGCGCCUCGCCGGUCUCGAGGCGGAGCUGCAAGCCCUGUCGACGGCGCGCGCCAUGCUGGAGACGCGCACCGCGGCGCUCAGCGACGGUUCGCUGCAGCGCGAUGUGAUCGACGAGCAGGCGCGGCUUUCGCUCGGCCUGGCCAAUCCCAACGAGUUGAUCUUGUUGCAUAAUGGCAUUGAUCGCACUGCAACAUUGGACGAAUUGCUGCAGCGCACGAUAUGCCGAAAUUCAACAGGGACGGAAACCCAGAUGGCGACACGCGCACGCAAGGCGCCGGCAAAAUCCAAGGCCGGUGCGAACAAGGGCGGCCUAUCGGCGCCCAAGCCCGCCGAAUUCACCAAGGAUGAGGAACUGACCGCCUAUCGCGACAUGCUGCUGAUCCGGCGUUUCGAGGAAAAGGCCGGCCAGCUGUACGGGAUGGGCUUCAUCGGCGGUUUCUGCCACCUCUAUAUCGGCCAGGAAGCGGUGGUCACCGGCAUUUCCAUGGCGAUGGAGGAUGGCGACCAGACCAUCACCACCUAUCGCGACCACGGUCACAUGCUGGCGAUGGACAUGGAGUCGCGCGGCGUGAUGGCCGAACUGACGGGCCGCCGGGGAGGUUACUCCAAGGGCAAGGGCGGCUCGAUGCACAUGUUCUCGAAAGAGAAGAACUUCUAUGGCGGCCACGGCAUUGUCGGCGCCAACGUGUCGCUGGGCGCGGGGAUCGCGUUCGCCAACAAAUAUCGCGACAACGGCAAGGUGUGCUGCACCUAUUUCGGCGACGGCGCGGCCAACCAGGGCCAGGUCUAUGAGAGCUUCAACAUGGCCUCGCUGUGGAAGCUGCCGGUCGUUUUCGUCAUCGAGAACAACCGCUAUGCCAUGGGCACCUCCGUCGCCCGGUCCUCGGCCGAGACCGAUUUCUCCCAGCGCGGCGUCUCCUUCAAGAUCCCGGGCUUUCAGGUCGACGGCAUGGAUGUGCGCGCGGUCAAGGCCGCCGCGGAUCUGGCGCUCGGCCAUGCCCGCUCGGGCGAAGGGCCGGUGAUCGUCGAGAUGAUGACCUACCGCUAUCGCGGCCACUCCAUGUCCGAUCCGGCCAAGUACCGCACCAAGGACGAGGUGCAGAAGAUGCGUUCGGAGCGCGAUCCGAUCGAACAGGUGAAGGCGCGGGUGAUCGAGCAGAAGUGGGCGACCGAGGACGAGCUGAAGGCGAUCGACAAGGAGGUCCGGGCGACCAUGCCGAUUGAUAUUCUGAUGCCGGCCCUUUCCCCGACCAUGGAAGAGGGCAAUCUGGCCAAAUGGCUGAAAAAAGAGGGCGAUUCGGUCACCGCCGGUGACGUGAUCGCCGAGAUCGAGACCGACAAGGCGACCAUGGAGGUCGAAGCGGUCGACGAGGGAACGAUCGGCAAGAUCCUGGUCGAUGAGGGCGCCGAGGGCGUCAAGGUGAACACGCCCAUCGCGGUGCUGCUCGAAGAGGGCGAAAGCGCCGACGACAUCGGCACGUCUUCGGCACCUUCGGCCCAGCCUGCGCCCGCACCGGAGACCGAAGGCGCGUCCGAUCCCGCGCCGGUGCCCGCUGCGCCCGCCGCCCAGGAAGCGCCCGCCGAUCCCGAAGUGCCCGAGGGCACCGAAAUGGUGCCGACCACCGUGCGCGAAGCGCUGCGCGAUGCCAUGGCCGAGGAGAUGCGCGCCGACGACAGCGUCUUCGUCAUGGGCGAGGAAGUCGCCGAAUAUCAGGGCGCCUACAAGGUCACCCAGGGGCUUCUGGACGAGUUCGGACCGCGGCGCGUGGUCGACACGCCGAUCACCGAACACGGCUUCGCCGGCGUCGGCGUCGGCGCGGCGAUGACCGGCCUAAGGCCGAUCGUCGAGUUCAUGACCUUCAACUUCGCCAUGCAGGCGAUCGACCAGAUCGUCAAUUCGGCCGCCAAGACGCUGUACAUGUCCGGCGGCCAGAUGGGUGCGCCGAUGGUGUUCCGCGGCCCGAACGGCGCCGCAGCCCGCGUCGCCGCACAGCAUUCGCAAUGCUAUGCCGCCUGGUACAGCCACAUACCCGGCCUCAAGGUCAUCCAGCCCUACGGUGCUGCCGACGCCAAGGGUCUGCUCAAGGCAGCCAUCCGCGAUCCGAACCCGGUCGUCUUCCUCGAAAACGAGAUCAUGUACGGCCAGACCUUCGAUGUGCCCAAGCUGGACGAUUUCGUCCUGCCGAUCGGCAAGGCGCGGCUGCAGCGGGCGGGCAGCGACUGCACGAUCGUCUCGUUCGGCAUCGGCAUGAGAUACGCCAUCGAUGCGGCGGAAAAGCUGGCCGGCGAGGGCAUCGAUUGCGAGGUGAUCGACCUGCGCACGCUGCGCCCGAUGGACCUGCCCGCCGUCAUCGCUUCGGUGAAGAAGACCGGCCGGCUGGUGACGGUCGAGGAGGGCUUCCCGCAAAGUUCUGUCGGCGACUAUAUCGCCAAUCAGGUCACGCGCGAGGCGUUCGACUAUCUCGACGCGCCGCCGAUCACCAUCGCCGGCAAGGAUGUGCCGAUGCCGUACGCGGCCAAUCUCGAAAAGCUCGCCCUGCCCAAUGUGGGCGAGGAGAGCGCAAUGCCCAUCACCAUCACAAUGCCCGCGCUGUCGCCGACCAUGGAGGAGGGGAACCUCGCCAAAUGGCUGGUCAAGGAGGGCGAUACCGUCUCGGCCGGCGACGUGAUCGCCGAGAUCGAAACCGACAAGGCGACCAUGGAAGUGGAAGCCGUCGAUGAAGGCACAAUCGCCAGCAUCCUCGUGGCCGAGGGGACCGAGGCGGUGAAGGUCAACGCACCGAUCGCCGUUCUGGCCGAGGAAGGCGAGGAUGUGGCGGAAGCGGCCAAGGCAGGGCCAUCAGGCGGUUCCGCGCCGGCGUCCGAUCAGAGCGGGUCGGCAUCGGGCGAGGCCGACGCCGCUUCGGAGGCGCCGGCAGCCUCCGGCAACGGCGCCGAAGCCCCGCCCGCACCGCCGAAAGCGGCCAAGAGCGGCGGCGACAUCCCCGACAGCGUCAAGGCCGGCCCGGUGCCGGUCAAGGACGGUCAGAAAGUGUUCGCCUCGCCGCUGGCGCGCCGCAUCGCCAACAAUGAAGGCAUCGACAUCACCGCGAUUUCCGGCUCCGGCCCGAAAGGCAGGAUCGUCAAGCGCGAUGUCGAAGCCGCGCUCGCCUCCGGCGCCAGGCCCGCCGCCGAAGCGCCGGCAGCAAAGGCCGACGCGCCUGCUCCCGCCAUGGCGGUCGGCGCCUCUUCCGAACAGGUCCUUGCCAACUUCGCCGAGGGCUCCUACGAACUCGUCAAGCAUGACGGCAUGCGCAAGACGAUCGCCAAGCGCUUGCAGGAAUCCAAGCAGACCAUCCCGCACUUCUAUGUCACGGUCGAUGUGGAACUGGACGCGCUUUUGGCCCUGCGUUCGCAGCUUAACAAGGCCGCGCCCGUCAAGGACGACAAGCCGGCCUACAAGCUGUCGGUCAACGACAUGGUGAUCAAGGCGCUGGCGCUGGCGCUGCGCGAUGUGCCCGACGCCAACGUCUCCUGGACCGACGAAGCCAUGGUCAAGCACCGCCACGCAGAUGUCGGUGUCGCGGUGUCGAUCCCCGGCGGGCUGAUCACGCCGAUCGUGCGCCGCGCCGAGGAGAAGACCCUGUCGGCGAUCUCCAACGAGAUGAAGGAUCUGGGCGCCCGCGCCAAGGACCGCAAGCUGAAACCCGAGGAGUAUCAGGGCGGUACAACGGCAGUCUCCAACAUGGGCAUGAUGGGCGUCAAGGACUUUUCCGCCGUCGUCAAUCCGCCGCAUGCGACCAUUCUGGCGGUUGGCGCCGGCGAACAGCGCCCGGUGGUCAAGGACGGCGCACUGGCGGUCGCGACCGUGAUGAGCGUGACGCUGUCGACCGACCAUCGCUGCGUCGACGGCGCGUUGGGCGCGGAGCUUCUGGCCGCCUUCAAGGGCUACGGCUCCAACGCCCAUUUCGCGCGCCUCUUCGACGAGUAUCACGAAAUCAACCGGGCCAUUCACCGCGCCGAAACGGAUAUCGAGCCCACGGACGAUUUCAACAUGGAAGACAUGCGCAAGAAGCGCAUGCACCUGAAAGACGAAAUCUACGGGAUGCUGAGAGGCGACUUGGCUGACAAUUCCUACGACGUGAUCAUCAUCGGCUCGGGGCCCGGCGGCUAUGUGACGGCCAUCCGGUCCGCGCAGCUCGGUUUCAAGACGGCGAUCGUCGAGCGCGAGCAUCUGGGCGGCAUUUGCCUCAACUGGGGCUGCAUUCCGACCAAGGCGCUGCUGCGCUCGGCCGAAGUGAUGGAUUAUGCCAGCCAUAUCGGCAAUUACGGCCUGACGCUGGACGGCACGGUCAAGGCGGACGUGACCGCCGUGGUCGACCGCUCGCGCAAGGUGUCGGCGCGGCUCAAUGGCGGCGUCGGCAUGCUGAUGAAGAAGAACAAGAUCGACGUGAUCUGGGGCGAGGCCAAGCUGGCCGGCAAGGGCAAGGUCAGUGUCGGCAAGCCGUCGAAGAAAGCGAUGGAGCCACAGCAUCCGGCGCCCAAGAACACCAAGGGCGAGGGCGAUUACACCGCCAAGCACAUCAUCGUCGCGACCGGCGCGCGGCCGCGCGCGCUGCCCGGCAUCGAGCCCGACGGCAAGCUGAUCUGGACCUAUUUCGAGGCGAUGGUGCCGCAGACAAUGCCCAAGAAGCUUGUCGUCAUGGGUUCGGGCGCCAUCGGCAUCGAGUUUGCCUCCUUCUACAAUUCCAUGGGCGUCGACGUGACCGUCGUCGAACUGAUGGACCAGGUCAUGCCGGUCGAGGAUGAGGAAAUCUCCAAGCUCGCCCGCAAGCAGCUCGAAAAGCACGGUCUGACCAUCCUCACCGGUGCCAAGGUCACCAAGGUCGACAAGAAGUCCGAUUCGGUCGUCGCCCAUGUCGAGGACAAGGACGGCAAGACGACGCCGAUCGAGGCCGACCGGCUGAUUUCCGCGGUCGGCGUUCAGGGCAACAUCGAAAAUCUCGGCCUCGAGGCGCUCGGCAUAAAAACCGACCGCGGCUGCGUGGUGAUCGACGGCUAUGGCCGCACAAAUGUCGAGGGCAUCUAUGCGAUCGGCGAUGUGGCCGGCCCGCCCAUGCUGGCGCACAAGGCCGAGCAUGAGGGCGUGAUCUGCAUCGAAAAGAUCGCCGGCAUCCCCGGCGUGCACGCCAUGGACAAGAGCCUUAUCCCUGGCUGCACCUAUUGCCAUCCGCAGGUCGCGUCGGUCGGGCUGACCGAAAAGGCGGCCAAGGCCGAGGGCCGCGACAUCCGCGUCGGCCGGUUCCCGUUCGCCGCCAACGGCAAGGCGAUCGCGCUUGGCGAAGACCAAGGCCUGAUCAAGACCAUCUUCGACAAGAAGACGGGGCAAUUGGUCGGUGCUCACAUGGUCGGUGCCGAGGUCACCGAACUGAUCCAGGGCUUUGUCGUCGCGAUGAACCUGGAGACCACCGAGGAAGAGCUGAUGCACACCGUCUUCCCGCAUCCGACCCUGUCGGAGAUGAUGAAGGAAAGCGUGCUGGAUGCCUAUGGGCGGGUGCUGAACUCGUAA